AUGAGUUCAACUUCAAUAGCACAUGACCUUAAUUCAUUUUCUUACGCACAAAUUGCUGUCACCGUCGCUGUCUUGUAUGAUCACGCAUUGACCUUCGGUCGCGAAAUAGACUAUAUAUGGCGGAGGCCACCUUCAUUAGUGACCGCCUUAUAUCUAUCAGACCGCUACUUGGGCGAUGCCGUUGUGAUCAUUGGUGCAUAUAUGUGUUUCACUGGGGAUGCAUCAACACAACAGUACGAUCCAUCACGCGCUUUAUUCGUACUUCUCGCUGAUAGUACUGGUUUCACGCAUUUUUCAGAUGCAAGUUUUCGGCUUUUCCAGGUUCGAGCGUGGGGUACUCUUCUGUGUUCAUGGCUUACUCAGUGCAUCAUGCAACUCCGAAUAUAUGCUAUGUACCAGCGGACUAGGCGGAUACUCGUGAUAUUAGUCUUUGCUUUUUUCAGCGAGGUCCUUGCUGUCGUUGUAAUCAUCUGGAGAACUAUUGGUCCUGCAAGCAAAUUGGUUGUCACCAACGAGCCUUUUUCUGGAAAGCACUUGUGCUCCUUCUCCGGGAUCAGCACAAGCUUCGUCUAUUUAUUCAUACCCGUCUUUUGCUUCGAGACGUUACUCCUCUUCUUGGCUAUCAGAGUUUCUCUCAAUAAUACGAGAGAGAGGAAGGCUACCCCUGGUACCUCCAGCUUGCGCGUAAAUUCAUUCAUGAGCAUACUCGUACGAGACAGCAUUUUGUAUUUCUUCAUAAACCUGGCGAUGUGCGCUAUCGUCAUGGCCCUGUGGCGGAAUCUCGCUGCAUUGCACGCAAAUAUAUCUAUCCCGUUCAUCAUGCUUCUUGAGACCAUGAUCGGCACCCGCAUGGUAAUCAACUUCAAGGAACACUGUUCUCGCCGGUUGAGCUCGGAACCGAUCAUGAUCACUGGGUCAAUACGCUUCGCAGGAGCCAGUGAAGAGACUGCACGCCUAGAUACGAUCCAUGACCAGUCGAACGAAGGUGACGAGGAGAUGCGGCCUGUCAAGGGUGAUGAAGAGAGUGCUGAGGUCGUCACUUAUGAGGAGUUAUAA